AUGACUGGGAAUCUUCUCAUUCUUGACCUAGUCGUAGCUGAUGAAAACCUUCACACUCCCAUGUACUUCUUCCUGAGCAACCUGUCCUGUUUGGAAACUUGUUACUCCUCAACCAUCCUCCCCAGAAUGCUGGCCAGUUUCUUAACUGAGAACCAAAGUGUUCCUGUUGUUGGUUGCAUGGUGCAGUUUGGGGCUUUUGGUUUCUUGGCAGCAACAGAAUGCUACCUCCUGGCUGCUAUGUCUUAUGAUCGCUAUGUAGCCAUUUGUAGACCCCUGCAUUAUUCUGCUCUAAUGAACGUCAACAUUUGUCUGCAGCUUGUGGCUGGGUCUAGGAUUAGCAGUUUUGGGGUGAAUACCAUCCUGUUGAUGUUCAUACUGCAGUUAACGUUCUGUGGUAACAAUGUGAUUGAGCAUUUCUUUUCUGAUUUCACUCCCAUGAUGAAACUGACCUGCAGUGACUCAUAUCAGGUAGCUUUAUCAGCUACCCUGUCUGCCCUCUGUACCUUGCCCCCAUUUGUUUUAACUAUAACAUCAUAUGUAUAUAUCAUUUCUGCCAUUCUGGGAAUCCCAUCUACCACAGGCAGGCAAAAGGCAUUCUCUACUUGCUCUUCUCACCUCACUGUGGUGACCAUUUUCUAUGGUACCCUCAUCAUUGUGUAUUUGUUGCCAGAUACCAAGGAACUCAGACAGCUGAACAAAAUCAUCUCUGUUUUUUACACUAUCCUGACACCUCUGAUCAACCCCCUCAUAUGUAGCCUGAGAAACAAAGAGGUAAAGGAGGCCUUGAAGAGAACUACUAGAAAAUGUACACAUUACAUAAGACUGAGAGUUCAUUGA